AUGAGUGGAAAAGUUACGCUGUUUAUCUCCGGUAUUUCAGGGAGCAAGGAGGUAUUUUUUGUUAAGUUUAAUGAUUUCUUACAAAUUGCUCUAGGUGUCGACUUGAAUAAUGUGUUAAUUUUUAAACAGUCGAGUGUAACCCGGGGUGUAAGUGAUCCCUGAUCCUGCAUAGGAGUCGUGAGAUACUGGACCGCAAUAAAGUUUAUAGCGGUAUUUCACCGGCUUCUUAUACUGUAUCACUUAUGAUUAAGCUUUUAAAUCUAUCCAAUAACAGUUAGCUUUCAAAUUUUACUUCGCGAAAGGCACUCAUUUAACUCUUUCAAUCGGAGUUUGUGAUCCUAACUUUACAUUUGAGUCACAGCUACCCUUGUGCUCUCUGCGGAGAUCAAUGAAUUUAUCUGGAAUUAUAUCAUUUGAACCGAUCUUAUGACAAGAUAGCUAUCUUGUAUCGCUGGCACAGCGCUAGCGUCCAGAAAAGUAUUUUCAAAGAUUUAAGUUUAUUUUAUUUUUGAACAUAUAAAAUUAACUCAUUUCUCGCCAGAGCAUAUUUUCAUUAAAAAUUGCUCAAGCUGUUUUGAAUCUAAAACUUGACUUGUCAAAGAAACUUAAUAAUAUUAAAUUGAGAAAACAGAGAAGUUCGCUUUUCCAGUCAGUUUCCCAAAAUAAGAAGGUUCUCUUUCUCUGCAAUUUAUGCUUCAAUCAGAUUUGAAAAAACUAAGUGAAAGAAAAUUGAAAGUCCAUGUCUUAGUCUUUUGAAUGGCCAUUUAUAUUAUAACAAAUGGAAUUAUUACUGAUGACAUAUUUAUUUCAGAAUGAAAUAUCUUCCACAAUCAUUGCAUGGAAAGCAAUUAAGUCCAGAGCAGAAUUUGGGGGUACACUGGGUCCUCAAUAGCUGGUCAUAUAGAUAAUUUAAUUUUAACCUUUUCUGACUGAACUGCUGAACACCUACAGCAACACUACCUGCCUGCCAUGCAAGCGUUUUUAGGGGAGCUCGUUUUUUCGUCCCUCCCCACAAAUGCCAGCUCAACGGAGAACAACAUUCCUUUCCCAUUGUGUUAUUUGCGUGGUGUGACCAAUCAACAGUUUUGAAAUAAAGUGUUGACAGGCUAAACAAGACUCAUAAGCUUGUGGUAUAUUUAUAUAUAGUGUCAAUAAAUAUACCUUUUUCGUAAUUCUUUUUUUUCCUUCGCUAAGGUUAUGCAGAGCAUGGAGUAUUCUAAAAUCUGACUAAAUCUUACUUUUGCCGCCCUGAGUCUAACAUUUUUUUGUUAGAGGUCAUAAAGCUUUCCCAGUGUUUUUUUUCAUGCAGAUCGAGUAUUUAUCAGGUUACCGUGUAGUCAAGGUCAACCUUCCAGAAUUUGGAAAGUACAAUGUGAUUGGCUUGGUUAACCUUGGUUCUCGGUCGAGCAGGCAUUUGUGAGGAGGGACAAAAUAUAAGCUCCCCUAAAAAUGCCUGCGUGGAAGGUUACAGUAACACAUGCUUGUAUCAUAGGCUAUAAUACAUGCCAGUAUCCCAAGGGAUACAACUGUCAUUUGUUGCUUUUCUUUGCCAGAUUAAAAAAAGACAGCAACACAUUAGCACGAUGUUGCAGGCACAGAAAAUACCUUUUGAGACAGUUGACGUAGCAUCUGAUCCAGCUGCACUGGACAGGAUGAGGGAACUGGUCACAAAAGGAAAACCGAAAAUAAAGGAUCCUGAUGAUGAAGAGGAGGAUGAGGAGGAGGAAGAAGAAGUCAUCCUUGCUCCUCAGAUUGCAAAUGGUGAUGAGUACUGUGGGGUAAGGAAUUUACAUCAUUUGAGCCGCAUAGUUUGCCAGUUUGACAUCACUGGGGCCACACAUUAUGGAUUUCCCCACUCCCCUAUGGGGAUGGGUUAUCCCUUGAGUAUUUUACUAAUGCUGAUUGGUCUGAUAAAUGAGGUCUGCAGCUAGCUCUUAAAUCCCAGCCCCCCAAAACCUUUUUUUGGUACACAAAAUUAACCCCUAAAAGGUAGUUUGACCAAGAACAUCUUCUUUACACAUCAUCUACUCCAGCUAGAAUAUAUUAACAACCCAAAAACUAAUUACUGGGCUUCCCAUGUGAGUGAUAUGCUGCCCAUUCAAAAAAUAAUGGAGGCCGCCUCAUCUGUCCAACAAAAAGAUUAAAUAGAGGAUGGAUCUUGUUUUCCGUCCCCCUGAAGAGGAUUGAAUUUUUAAUAUACAGAAGAUGGCAGACUAAGAAUGUGAUCAGCAAAGCUAGUCUCACUCUGGACUGACAGCUCUGCUUUUCUUUAUCACACUGUUUAUCAUGUUUUUACGAACAAAUGUUUAUGUAUCUUAACAAAUGUCAUGUGACCGAAGCACGAGAAAGUCAGGCUCAAAGGUAAUAUAAAUAAAUGGCAUUUUGGAAGAAUACACAUAUGAUUCUGGCAAAUUGAGCUCUUCAAGUGUAAUUUUUGAACCCAUUUGAUUAUUGCUGCAUUCAUGUCCAUUCCCCCACCUUAAGUGCCAGAGAUUUUUUAAGCCUGCUUUCUAGAAUCCGUUCAUUCAAGUCUUUAUCAUUACUUCUCAAUCGCCGCAUGCAAGAAUAAAACCUCUGGAAUCCAGGGUAAAUCCCCCGGACAUUUGUCAUAUAGGUUCCUCUAUCCAUGAGGUCUUCGUUUUAGUCCAUGGGGUCUUCAUUUUAGUCCAUGGGAUCUUAGGUCUUCGUUUUGGGUGUUUGGUUUAGAAACACCCAUCUCCUCCCUAUAAACAUCUUCCUCAGAAAUCUUCAGAGGCCAUGGUUAUGCUUUCGCUGGCUAAUAUUCUGUAGGGGCGGCAAUAUUCAAACAGACUGUGAAGGCAUUUCAAAUCUACACUAUCUUUAGCCACAAGUCAACUAACUUUUUAAAAUGGAGGACAAUUUUAGCCUCUCACACAGACAUUCGUUUGGCUCAUUACGCAAUGAGGAAUUGUAAGGUACGUGUGAUGAAGCCCUAAGAAGGUACGGUCUGCUUGGUAGGUGUAAUUUUGGUGCAGCAUGUCAAAUUGUCACGCAAGCGGACAGACUAAAUGUACCCCCAUUAUUUAAUAUGUGCACUAUGAUCAGAUUUAUCAAGUGGUCAUGUAAAAACCUGCCUCAUAUCAUAUAUUAGCUAAGUAUGUGAAGUGUUUUGUUUUUUCUGCCAUAUUGAUCUUAAAAUGGGUGGACAUUUCGCCCAUUGUGGUUUGAUUAAUCAGGUAUGGUUUUCAAUUCAAUGUUAAAAUGUUUAAAUUCAGUGUCUGUUCAGCUCCAACAUUUCAUGUGAAAGACUAUCUUUAUUGAUAAGCAUAUUUUUUUACUUAUUAAAAAAAUAUGCUUGUCAAUUAAGAUUAUGCUGACUUUUCUUGGACAAGGUAAUGGGUUCAUAAACCAUGUACAACUUUCAAAAACCAGAGUCUGAAAACUGAUAUGGGUUUUGGUCUAAAAUAGGGUAGGAAUUUGUUGAACCGGGCAGCACUUUUAAUUAUAGUUUAUCUAAUAAUAAUAUUAUUAUUGGAUAUUAUAUUAAUGAAAUAUUUCAGUUAAUUGAAAAUUUUUGUGAAUUCUUGAAAGAAAAGUGCUCAUUAUAUAUAUUUUUUUACCUAGGGUUAUGAAGACUUUGAAAAUGCUAUUGAAAUGGAGAAUUUGAAAGAGUUCUUAAAGCUGAAGUAACAGGAUCAGUGGAUUAUAUCUCUUGGACUUAUGACACAAGUUACAUACAGCUGCAUAAACUUAAGUUAAGACACUAUAGGUGACUUUUAAAGUCAAUUGAUCAUCCAGCUUUAAAGUAUCAAAAAUAUGGACUUCUCUUUUAGAGCGUUUAUAAUAAAGAAAUUAUUCUUCAGCCAUUAGCAGUUUUGAGCUUCAGAUUGAUAUUGUUGAGUAGAACAUGUAACUGAAACUGUAAUGAUUAUAAAACGCUUUUUAUCAUUACUGAAUUAUAUUUCCAGUACUUUGGAACUCCAGUUGGUACUUAGUUAAAUGGGGGCUCCAAAAACUGCAUAAAUCAUUGGACUGAGUAACAUGAUAUUCUUUUUUACACACCAUGGAAUGCACAUUUAGUUACUAUUUAAUACCAUAUAAUACUGUUGGAAAAAUUGAAAAAUUUCUUAAAACAAAAACAAAGGCAGCCAAGUUAGUUAACAGUAUUUUGUAAACAAAAGUUUUAUGCAAUAGUUUUUUUUUAUACUUAGCAAACUAAGGCAAAAAACGGAAAACGAAUGAUAAAAUCCAACGUUGCGGAGAAGUCAUGACCCCAUUAUUCGAUCAUGCAAAUUACAGCAAUUAAAGCGAUGUGCCGCGAAAAUUAACAUUAUAACAGGGUGAAAAUACUUUUGCACGAAUACCAAAUAGCAAAUUAUUUUAUAAAGUAUUAAUACAAAAUAGUUUUGUAUAAUUCAACCAGCUCAGACUUAAAGAUAGACAAAAAUUGCAAUUUAAAUUUUUUGCUAAGUUGCAACAAAUGCAAAAUUAAUGUGCUUACCAUACUGUACCAGUUGUGAUUACAAAAAAAAUUACAAGUUUUCCUGUAUUGAGUGGAUAUAACAACACAGGACCAAUUUAAUCACAGUUGAGCUCCCUAUUAAAGAGGACACCCAUAUCUGCCACGCAGACAUUGCACUUGCAAGACACGCCAAAAGAAUGUCUGUGUGGGAGGCUAUUUAAAAGGAGAAUUGUUGGUUUUCUAAGUUAGGGGAGAGUUUUUAAAACAGAGUUUUUCUCAAGGUAGUCUUAAGAAGAGCCAUCUGCUUGGCCAUUAAGAUAGCUAAUAAUUGUUUGUCUUUUUCAUUUUCAAAAUACUUUACUGAAUCCUUAUAGGGC